CAGGCAUAUUCAAACAUACAAAUAUUUCACAACUGUGGAACCUGCUUGCAUAAUUCCAAGCAGAUAAAUAGACUUAAUUUUGGGCGUGGCUAUAUUGGCUCAGCUGUUGAUACGGAUUGACAACUUAUACAGUCCAAUAAAAUGAUUCUAUUAGAAUAUGUCCGACUCGAAUGAAACGUGUGGGUUCUCGCGUGCCGGCCUUGCCAGGCGCAUCAGACACCUCCCGAUUAGGAAACAAUAAUAGUUUACCUCUUUAUCAAAAAUAAUUUCAAUUGAAAUCUUAUCAGUAUUUGCUAAAAUAAUGACAUAUUGAGACGUUAUUUGAUUUGCCUGAUUAAAUCCAAAUUCAUUCAAUCAAAUUGAAAGUCCAAGUCCAGCAAGCGUUUGAAAUUUCUACAAUUGUCAAGAGCAUUUGCUCCAAUGUGCGCACAAUAUGCAGCGAGGGGAGAUCAGGCGCAGCCGUGGUCAAUGAGCACUCUUGGCCUGUCCAUCAGCGAAUGGGCAGGCUCUACUCAUAUCGCGAUGAACUGCGUCUCUGUCUCCGCUUCCGUCUGUCUCUCCGUCACCAGCUCCGGCUUCGGCUAAUCAGUCAGCAAGGCACUCAGCGAAGCGUGAAACGCAAUUGCUGAUAUCUAGACACAUUCAAUUAAUAAAAUCAACAGCAACAACUGUGCCCACAUCCAUGGCCCUUCAAUACUGGUGCCUGCCCUGUCAGUGGUCAGGACAACGGGACAUUGGGACAUGCGACCGACAUAUAGGGCAAGCAUUUCUAUAUUUUGCUCAGCCAGUCAACGCCUGGCCAUGCACCAGUACAAGCCAGCGAUUGAUGGCGUGGAGCUCUGGUCGCGCCGAGUUUUGCUGGCGCUUUACCAAGCGGCUCGCGGCCUGUCGCUGCUCUCCAGCUCGCUGGGUGUGGAGCGGGAGCAACUGCAGCUGAGACCGCCGCGCCAACAGUGCAACCGACUCUUGAUCAUACUCUGGCGCGCCAUCUUGGUUAGCAUCUACUGGCACAUGAUUCCGGAAAUCUUCAACACAGUGAAAAGUACACAGACCUAUGCUGCUCUAAUUGUCCUGCUGCAGUCCAGCUCUGUGAGCCUCUUUGCCGUCGGCUCGUUCAUAAUGCAGGUGCGUGCCGAGUCCAGAUUUACGGCCGUGUUGAAUCAUUAUAUUUCACUCUAUGGACGCAUCUGUGUCCUAACCGGAGCCGAACAUCUCUUUACGCUCAAGUUCCCCAUUCUCUAUGCCCUGAAGCUGAUUCUAACGCUCUGCGGCUUUCUCUACGAGCUGCCACAGCUGCUACCUCUGCGAUAUAUUCUGCACAUGGAUGUGGGUCACGUGAUCGGCGGUCUAAUUGCGAUUUAUUUGUGGCUAGGCACCAUUUUUCUGCUGGAUGCGUGCUUCCUCGGCUUCUUCGUAUCCGGCGUACUCUAUGAGCACAUGGGUUCACAUAUUGCGAUCAUGCUGCAGCAGAUGCGUUCCGUGGAUAUGGAUGGCCAGGAACAGUCAUCGGAUGAUGAAUCCGAACCGUAUCUCAAUUCAUAUGAGAAUAUAAGUCCGAUGCCGUCAAGACUGAGUCACUAUAGACGUAUGUGUUUGCUGUGCGAUCGGGCCGACGAGCUGGACGCCUGUGGCGUAAUCUAUAGUGAGCUUUAUAGAGUAACACUUUCGUUUCGCGACAUUUUCCAGUGGCAAAUCUUAUUCUACAUAUACUACAAUCUAAUUGUUUUGCUAAUAAUGCUGUACGAGUAUAUAGUCAACUAUUUGGAGGGCACCCAGGGCGAAAUGGUGCCCGUGGUGAUGACCUGCAUUAAGAUGGCCAACAUUGUGCUAUUGAUCAUGUGCGCGGAUUACAUGAUCAAGAAAUCGGAAAUGCCACAGUUAUUGCCAUUGGACAUUGUGUGCACCGACAUAGAUCAGCGGUGGGACAAGAGCGUGGAAUCGUUUUUGAAUCAGCUGCGAGCCCAACAACUGGAAGUAAAAGUCGUGGGCAUACUUCAGCUUGAUAAUAGAUUCAUACCAACAAUAUUAUCGGCCAUUGUAACAUAUCUUUUCAUAUUAAUACAAUUUGCUUUCACGGGCGGCUUUGAAGUAGCCGAAGAAAUCGCCAGAUUGAAUAUAACAAGUUGAGAACCGAAAAUGAAUUAUUUACAAUAUAAUACUUUAUUUAAAAAUAAUAUUUUAUAUAGCAUUUUGUGAAAACAUUUUCUUUAUUAAUUGUUUUCUUGACAAUCACAUAGAAAUGCCAUAUGCUAUAGAGCGUUGAUAUGACCUGGAAAUAAAUGGAUCAAGAGAGAGCCGGGGAGAUGGACAACGAAUGAGAGAGUAUAAUAUAGAAUAUAGCAUAGAAUACAAAAAUUUGUCAUUAAAGAAGCAUGUCUUAUAGGAAAUAAAACAUUAUGCAUAAGUUACUAAGCUAACAUUAUUAUAGAGCAUACCUUCUCUUAGAUUAAUUUUCCUAUGUUGAUGGCAUAUCCUCCUUCUUUCCCUAUAUUCUUUGAUAUUCUUACAAAGCUAUAAAUGA